CUCAAAGAUGUCACUAUCAACUGUUGCCUUACUGCUUUCUUGCUUCGGUGUUUCUCUGGGCUAUGUUUAUGUGGACUUGAAUGGAAACGACACGUGGACGGUUGCUAACGCGAAUGGAUCGAUCAAAAUCGCAGCCACUGUUCCUGGUCAAGUUAGUCUCGAUCUUUUGAAGGCUGGGGUGAUUGCAGAUCCAUAUUAUCGUUUCAAUGAUGAAUACCAAGUGUGGGUUGCAAUGGACAACUGGACGUAUUAUCGUAAAUUUGACUGGUCUCAGUCGGCUGACAAUGUUUGGCUCGUUUGCCAUGGACUUGAUACUGUGGGGAAUGUGAGUUUAAACGGAAAGUUGCUUGGAACAACCAACAAUCAGCAUCGAAAAUACUACUUUGAUAUCAAAGAUGUUGUCAAAGCAAGUGACAAUGAAAUCACCAUUUCCUUUAUGUCUGCUGCGACGUAUUCGAUAAAUGAGGCAAACAGUUAUCCGUACAAUGUGCCAGGUGGAGGUGGCUAUUUCCAUGCCAAUCGUAACUUUGUUAGGAAAUGUCAGUCAGAUUUUGGAUGGGAUUGGGGUCCUGCGUUUGUUCCUACAGGCAUCUGGAGGGAUAUUGGCAUUGUUGGUUAUAAAACAGCUUUCAUUGAUCAUUCUGUACCGCAGAUUAUUCCCGAUGGUAACGGAGGAUUUAAUGUGACAGUAAACGUGUAUAUACAAACAUCUGGUCCAGGAGUUGAUAACAAUGGCUCAGUGAAUGUGGAACUGGCUGGAGUACAGAGUCAUCAGGCAUACAUGCCUACAGCUGCAGGAGAGAUGAUGGUAACCGUCGAUCUUGGCACAUACAAAAAGGGACAAGUUGAUCUCUGGUGGCCCAAUGGAUAUGGCAAUGCAACUCUAUACAACAUGACAACAACAGUAGCAUCUGAUAGGGGCGAGUUACACUCAAUGACUCAGAGAGUUGGAUUCCGUAAGCUUGAACUUGUGCAAAAAGCAUUACCUGAUGGUGAAGACGGUCUAUCGUUUUACAUUAGUGUAAAUGAUGUGCCAAUAUUUGCUAAAGGCUCAAACUGGAUUCCGGCAGAUGCGUUCACUGCUCGUGUGACAUACGAUGAUCUUUAUAUCCAAUUGAAGGCCGCCAUUAUUUCUCACCAAAAUAUUGUUCGAGUGUGGGGAGGAGGCAUCUACCAAGUGGCUGAUUUUUAUGAUAUUUGUGACGAGUUGGGUAUCAUGGUGUGGCAAGAGUUUAUGUUCUCUGAUGCUCUUUAUCCUCGUGACAAGGAUUUUCUCGAGACUGUUGCUGGUGAGAUACAAUACCAGGUGAGACGGUUAGCUCAUCAUCCGUCGCUUGCUAUCUGGAGUGGCAACAAUGAGAACCAAGGCUCAGCACAAGGGGAUCCAAGAUACUUGAUUGACUACAGCGUUUUGUAUGAUAACACAGUGCAUGCAACGCUGAUCAAAUAUGAUCGAUCUCGUCCAUACUGGCCGUCUAGUCCGUCAAAUGGUGCACUUGUUGAUGAUCCUUCCAGGGAUCUGUACAUUCAACGCUGGGGGAUCUCAAGUGAUCCACACUAUGGGGAUGUCCAUCGGUACGACUACACAGAUCUUUGCACGGAUGUUUCCAAAUUCCCUCGGCCACGUUUUGCAAGCGAGUAUGGUUUCCAAAGCUACCCGUCACUCAACACAUUAAAGGCUGUCAGCAAACCCGAGGACUGGGACAAUAAUUCACCACUGAUGCUUCAUAGACAACACCAUCCAAACGGCAACCCGGAAUUGGCCCAACAAAUGGCUCGUUUCUUUCACCUACCAGACAACCCUGACAACGAGACGAGGUUUGGAGAUUUUGUGUAUCUCUCGCAGGCUGUACAGGCUAUUUGCAUCCAAGCUGAGAGCGAGCACUACAGACGAAUCAAGGAUGACAAGGGUGCGUACACGAUGGGAGCAAUGUACUGGCAACUUAAUGAUAUCUGGCAAGCUCAAAGUUGGUCGUCCAUCGAGUAUGGAGGUCGCUGGAAACUGUUGCACUAUUCUGUUCGGAGAUUCUUUGCUCCUCUUCUCGUUUCUGCAUACCAAAUGGACAAUGUUGUUGCCGUCUAUGUGAGUAGUGACUUGAUGAGUCCCGUAAAGGGAGAAUUGAAAAUUGACGUGUGGACCUGGAAGGGUGAAAUCUCUCACAGUUUCACUACAGAAGUGAAGUUUGAUCCACUUGGUGCCGGUCAAGUGUGGACUAAUUCGGUUGAGAAAAUUACUCAAGGCAAAAAGCCAUCCGAAGUCGUCCUUGCACUCUCACUCACUGAAACUGGGCAAUCACUCCCAUCUGCAACAAAUGUCUUUUACUUCACUGGAUUUACGGAUGUUGCUCUGCAGAAGGCAAAUAUUAAUGUGUCCAGUGUUGCACAGUCGAGGGCGAAUGAGGCAACGUUUACUAUUAAAUCUGACGUCAUGGCUCCGUUUGUGUACCUCCAGACAAACGUAGUGGGAUACUUCAGUGACAAUGGCUUUUUAUUGGUCCCUGGUCGACCACAAGAGAUGACAUUCACUGCAUGGAAACCAUUCAAAGUGGAUGACUUCCAGAAGAGUCUCGAGAUCAGGAGUGUGGCCGACACAUACAAGAUGUGAUGUAUGAUGCAUCGAUGGCUGCCUUUUACUGGACUGACUGCAACAUGGUCAGUAACUGAUUGUUAUGAGUUUUACCAUGUGUUGUCAUGUAAGUUGUUGAAGUCAAGUGCUAGUGUCUCUAACGCUCAAUAGAAGGCUUAGUAAG